UUGAAAGAGGCCCAGUCACCUUCCAAGGUUUUUGGUUGAUCCACAUCGCUCCAGUCUCCGGCUCUCGCCGCCGGCCACCCCUCCCCGUCCUCCUCUACUCCGCUUCCCGCCGGCAGGAGCGACUCCUUCUGCCGCUUGCCUCGGGCCGUGCUUCGGAGAUGCCGGCGACGGAGGAGGAAGGCGCGGCGGCGGCGGCGGCGGAGGAGGAGGCGUACGAGCAGGAGGACGGGGACGGGGAGGAGUACGACGAGGAUGAGGAGGAGGGGUACGAGUUCGGCGACGCGGCGGACGCGGCGCAGUGCGUGGAGAUGGCGGAGCGGGGGCCCAGCGGCGCCGUGGCCACCGUCAGCAUCCGGGACUUCGAGGCCCUGGCGGCGCUGUCGCGCAAGCGGAAGGCCCUCCCCGAGGAGCCGCCGCAGGGGGACGAGCCCUCCAAGCGGAGGAGGCAGCAGGGCGAGCUCUCCGAGGCGGAGUCGGCGAACCUCUUCGACCAGCUGAUGGAGGGGUUCGGCCUCCGGCGGAAGAAGCGGCGGCGGUCCAAGGACGGCAAGAGGAAGGGGCGGGCGAGAGGGCGGAGGAACCGGUGCAGCCCCGAGGUCAUCAAGAAGCUGGGCGACGCCACCCUGCUCUUCACGGAGAACAGGUUCAAGGAGGCCAUCCCCAUCCUGCACGAGAUCGUCCGGAUCGCGCCCAACCUGCCCAACUCGUACAACCUGCUCGGCAGCAUCUACAAGGAGAACGGCGAGAUCGACAAGGCCAUCAACUUCGUGAUGCUGGCCGCCUACGUCUCGCCGAAGGACGUGUCGCUGUGGAAGAAGCUCAUCGACCUGGCUCUGAAGAAGGAAGAUGCUGCUCUGGCAAGACACUGUGUUAUCAAGGCAAUGAGGGCUGAUCCGGAGGAUGUGGGGCUCAAGUUUGAUUGCGCGAACAUAUAUCGCACCCUAGGCGACUGUCACAAAGCCGCGGAGAUAUACGAGCAGAUUGUCGGGAUCCAUCCUUCCAACACCGUCGCCCGUAGAGCGGCAGCACAGAUGUACAGAGACUCUGGUCAAAUUGAUAAGGCUAUUGAUUUGUUGGAGGAUUUUAUCAAUGCUCAAACUUCAAACAUCGACUGGGGUCUUCUUGAUUUACUGAUAUCCCUUCAUCUGAGAAAUGAUGCCCAUGGUGAAGCUCUUAGGCAGAUCAAGAAGGCACAGCUGGUGUUGGGAUCUGGACACAAAUUACCAGUACGAUUGCAGGCAAAAGCAGUAAUCUGCCAUGCUUAUCUUGGAGAUAUGAAACAUGCUGAGGUGUUCCUUCAGGAUGUGCAUCUGGGGCGUUCAAAAGAGAAUGCUGAUAUGGUUAAGGAGGUCGCCAGCACUCUUCAAAGUUUGGGGCAGUAUGAGUAUGCACUAAAAUUUUACUCGGUUAUGGAAGACGUUGCUGUUCACAAUGAUGGUAGUUCAUAUGUGGAAGCUGCUCGAUGCUACAUGGUAAUGGGGGAGAAAGAAAAGGCUAUCCCUUACCUCUAUAAAGCUUUAGAAGGGAUGGAGGACAAUGUCGAUGUACGGAUAACCUUAUCUUCUCUUCUCGUUGACGAGGAUAAGAGUGAUAAAGCUAUCACUGUGCUUUCUCCUCCUCCUGAAAAUCCAGAGUUGCAGUCCGCUGAUAUCCCGGAUCAUCAGAAACCUUGGUGGCUUCAUGGGGAAGUAAAGAUGCAGCUUGCCAAACUUUAUUACAACAAAGGCAUGAUGGAGAAAUUUGUGGAAACCAUUUUUCUUCCCAUUCUCGAGACACUGGAUAUCGAGUAUGCUAAUAGAAAGGUCAAGAUGAAUAGAAAGCUUACAAAUGAUGUUCUGCAGGAAAGAACUAAAGUGCUGGGGGAAGCGCGUCAAGACAGCGUAUUUCAAGGAUGCAGGCCUAUAGCAUCGACUGCAGAGUUAGUGAAGGCAAACAGAGCAAGGAAAUUGCUAGAAAAAAGGGCAGCAGAGUCAAAUGAAGAUACAAUAAGAGAUGAUACACGUAGAGCAAAGCAGAAACCUCCUCUUCCUGGUCUGCUGACAAAUGUGGAGAACCAUCAGCUUGUGUUAGAUCUCUGUCGAACACUGACUUUGCUUCAGCGAUACUUUGAGGCGCUGCAAAUUAUCAAUCAUGCUCUUAAACUUGGAAAUGACCCCCUCUCUGAUGACAUCAAGGAGGAACUCCGGUCCUUGGGUGCUGAAAUAGCAUACAGAGCUCCAGAUCCCAGUCCUGGUUUUGAUUAUGUCCGUUAUGUAGUUCACAAGCACCCGCAAUCCAUCUCCGCAUGGAACUCCUACUACAAAGUAACAUCAAGAGCAGAAGAGAAAGGUCAUUUUAAGUUUCUUCUUCGGGCAAGAAGGGAUCCCAAGUGUGUGCCCCCUAAAAUCAUAUCUGGGCAUCGAUUUACUGCUAUCAGUCAACACCAGUCCGCUGUUCGGGAUUAUCUGGAGGCAUACAAGCUGGACCCGGAGAAUCCUCUAAUCAAUCUCUGUGUUGGUUCGUCCUUGAUCAACCUCUCCCUGGGCUUCAGGCUACAGAACAAGAACCAGUGCAUCGUCCAGGCGUUUGCGUUCCUCUACAAGUGCCUGCGCAUCGGCAGCAACAGGCAGGAGGCCCUGUACAACAUCGCCCGGGCGUACCACCAUGUCGGCCUCAAAACCCUGGCGGUCAUCUACUACGAGAAGGUUUUAGCCAUGGAGGUGGAAGAUCACCCCAUACCUAAGCUUCCAUUCGAGGAUUUACAUGAGCACCAGGAUUUCAGGCCUGGCUACUGCGAUCUCCGAAGAGAGGCUGCAUUCAAUCUGCAUCUGAUCUACAAGGAAAGCGGAGCAACUGAUCUGGCGAGGUGGAUCCUCAAGACCUACUGUUCUAUUUAGGAAUUGGUCGUUUAUUUAUACUAUAUACAACUACUUGGCCCUGUCUAUGUGGAUACUGCUACGCAGCAUUUCCAUAUAAUCGUGAAGGCAGGCGAUUUUUCAUAGUGGAGUCCAAAAGAGAUUCUAGACUUUGAAAUGGUUCUCCUCC